AGCGUAAUGCAGUGUUUCAACCGUCUGUAGCGUAAUGCAGUGUUUCAACCGUCUGUAGCGUAAUGCAGUGUUUCAACCGUCUGUAGCGUAAUCCAGUGUUUCAACCGUCUGUAGCGUAAUCCAGUGUUUCAACCGGUCUGUAGCGUAAUCCAGUGUUUCAAUCAUUGUUGUUGUCCAAAAACCAAAUGUAUUCAAUUCACAAAGAUGGUCCCAUUUGAGAAGCUGGAGGGGCUAAUUGUUGUUUUUUUUUUUUUUUUUUUUUAGAAUAAUUCUAAUUGUAGUAAUUGGACUACAGUGUUUGCUGUUGCAUUGUACUGAUAUUAGGACACUACAUUGUAAAUAAAUAACCUGCAAAGGGACUACUCACCAAACUCUCUAGCUAUGACUCACUUGCACUGUCCCGGGUUAAUGCAUGAAUAAAAAUAGAACCUUAUUAUUAUUUAAGGGGGCUAAUAAUCCUCCCAUGAUGCAGUCAGUGAAUGCUUUCUGAGCCAGCUGUUACAGCAGCACAACGAUGGAGAGAAGUACAGCUUAAUAGGUUUAAUAGUAAAACAAAUAAUAAAGGUGUUUAUACAAUAAUAAUAUAAACUAUACAGGAGUAGAUGGAACCAAAGGCGUGGUUAACAGAGUCUAGUAUGUCAACAGUUAAGUCCACUAAAAGUGUGAACUAUUCUGGUUCCGGGGGAUUUUGCUCUGCAUUUUAAUUUAGAUAAUGAAUGUCUGAUCGUAUUGUUUUACACUCUGAAAUGCACGUUUGUUUGUGCGUCGGUUGAAAGUCUUCGGCUCUAAACACGUUUGUACUCGUGUGCUUCGUGUUGCAGGAGCUUGCAAAGUUUGAAGAGAUGGAGGACCAGGUGAUCCUGACUGAAAAAGAACUCCUCGAGGAUGGAUUUGGUGACACCCCGUUUUACCAUUGCUUUGUAGCUGAAAUCCAAGGAGAGAACAGCAGUGACGAUCCGAAGGUGGUUGGUUUCGUCAUGUACUACUUCACUUAUGACCCGUGGGUUGGCAAACAGCUCUACCUGGAGGAUUUCUACGUGAUGGAGGAGUACAGAGGGCUGGGCAUCGGUUCGGAGCUCCUGCGUCACCUCAGUGAUCUGGCGAUGAAGACGCGCUGCACCGGCAUGAUGUUCGUGGUGGCGGAGAACAACGAGCCGUCGGUGCAGUACUACAAGCGGCGCGGCGCCGAGGACCUCUCUCAGGAGGAGGGCUGGAGGCUCUUCAGGUUCGACAAGGACAGCCUGGUGAAGCUAGGCACUCCGGCCGAGGAGUGAGGGAGCAAGAGGAUGAGGAGACGCGAGAGCCCGAGGCGGAGAGCCCGGCUGCUUUUUCUGACGAGUCAUGUUAUUGAGUCCGAUGUUGCCGCCGUGUUGGCAGCUUAGCAGCCGGCUCUGACGGGUCGGUCGGCCUCUCUGAGUCUUCUUCUCCCGUCGGACGACGGGUUGAUUCGUAGUUCAGCUUUUUAAAAAAGGGAAAUUGUGUCGCAGUGAUGCGUUUUUUUUAAUGUUUGUAGUUUGUCGCUAAUCUCUCUGAAUCAUUUGUUAUUUUAACCAGUUAAUUAUUUUAGUUGAUGUGCAGGAAGAGUUCAUAUGAUUUGAAGUUUGCAAUAAAACAAUAACUUCUCACACAUCA